AUGUUCCUACAAGGUAAUGAUAACACCUUUUAUAUCGGAGGAAACGACAUAGCUAGCGAAGGAGAUUGGAGAUGGCAGGAUGCUACUGAUGUGAUGAUGAGAGGAACAAAAGGAUAUCAAAACUGGAAAUCGAAUCAACCAAACAAUGUUGGCAAUGAAGAUUGUUUGGCAGUUGGAAGAGAAACGUAUGAGUGGAUUGAUAUAUCUUGUGAUGAAAUCAUCUACUACAUUUGCCAGAAAGUAUUUCCAGGCCCGUUCGUUAGAAUACAAACUAUCAACGUACACCAGAAAAGGUGUUCUGCAACAAACUGCAGCGCUGCAAUACAAGUUGAAUGGCGCAAAGCAUCUAACAAAGUAUCAACCGAAAAUACAAGUAGAGUUUAUCAAACGAUACAAAAUGGAUCAGCAACAUUAAAUCUUCAACACGCAAAUAUUGCAGAUGCGGGAUCCUAUAGUUGUCGUUAUCAAAUUGGCCAAACCUGGAAAGCUACGACUGAAUCAUAUGGAGUGGAUGGAAAUCCCACAAUCCAUCAAAUAUCCAAUAACGUCUGCAACUCUAACUUGAUCAUCUCAUGGCAACCACAUUUAAAUGCUGUUGGAUUCCCACACAAGAUAGAAGUAAGUCCGACCUCAGGCGGAUCAACAAGAUGGGUGGAUUCACCAACAUCUGAGAAACAGUCAACCACAAUAACCAGUUUCUCGCCAAUCACAACCUAUACAAUCAAAAUUACUGCAUGUGUAACAAAAGAUAACUGUCCAACCAAAUAUUCUACUUUCCGAAACGCAACAACGGGGGGAGCAAUGUUAUCUGCAGAAUCGUCGUCUAUUAUACAAUACAAGAAUACACAAACUUGCGUCAUCUCUUGGAUAUUAUCUAACAAGACAGAGACUGGUGAUUCAUAUAAUGUGGAACUGAAUCUAACUUCAACCCUGGCUUCCUCACGAGAUUCAAACUUGAAGACAGACAUGAAACUUAUAAACGUGACGUCAUCAUCUGUGUAUUCGUUUCAACUAGAAUCAAAUCGUAACUAUUCCGCUUCAAUCAAAAUAUUCAGUUGUGCUGGAUUUGGUCAAGUUUUAUCUGUUACUGGCAGUUGUCUCGGAAAACCUAGAGCUCCCACAAAGGUUUUUCCGCCUGAUAGUUUUGAAGAUAACCUAGUUAGCAGCGUAUGUGAAUUCAAAAAACUCGGAAUACAAGCACCAGAUGAGACUAAUGGCCUUGUCAGUUGCAUAUUCGUACUUGUGCGCACAAAUUUGAAGGAACACGACGUGGCCCUCUCCUUGACUGACAUGAUAAAUAUUAACAACACAGUGAGCGGUGAUAAGUAUAUUGCCAAAGCAAUACUUGUUUCAAGCAUGAACGGUAAGCGAAUGAAUAUAACACUCGGUGAUGAAUCAAUGACAACAUGUGACGUAAUAAAUAUCGGAAAAGCAGGGAUACAAAAUGAACAAAGUUCUGGAAAAGGAAUUCUAUUCACAGGAAGGAACAAAAAAUUAGAUAAAAAGAUGUUCAGUGUCUCGAUAGUUUAUUCUACGCCCUCUGGUGACCAAAUACAUUUCAGUCAAAGCCCCUCUAUAACGUUGAAACAAGGUGAACAAGAAACUACUGCUAAGAACGAUACCGAGAAAGGAGCGUUCGAGUUCAACAUCAUCAGUUUUGUGAUUGGUUUUCUCAUUCCUUUCGUCUUCUUGGUCGUCUCUGUCUGGAUCAUAUACAAAAUGAAGAAAGAAAGAAAUAAUUUGGAGGAAAAGGCAGAAGUAAAAGAACACAAUUACGAAACUAUAAAAGAAAAAGCUCCACAACCAUCAUCUUCAAAUGUCUUGGUAGAAACUGCCGGUUACGAACAACCACUUCCUGCAAAAACUAAGCAAACACAAGUGGAGUCAGCUUACGAACAACUAUCAUCAUCAAAUGUCCUGCAAGAAACUGCCGGUUACGAACAAGCUCUGCCUGCGACAACUAAGAAAACACAAGUGGAGUCAGCUUACGAACAACCAUCUUCAUCAAAUGUCCUGCAAGAAACUGCCAGUUACGAACAAGCUCUGCCUGCGACAACUAAGCAAACACAAGUGGAAACAGCUUACGAAUCUUACAACGCCUGA